AUGUCUCCGCAACACGAAUUCAAGAUAGUGACUUCGAGGAAAAAACGUUCUGAUCCAGUAGUAUUAGUUGUCGGCCCAGAGAAAGAAGUAUUCGCAAUCUCUCAAGCCCUUCUCGUCGACUCCAUUGAAUACUUCAGGAUAGCCUUUCUCCAUGGACACUUCAGAGAGGGCAUAGAAAAGGAAAUUUAUUUAGAAGAUGAGAAGCCCGAAGCCAUUGAACUAUUAGUUGGAUGGCUUCAAAAGUCCAAAGUAAACCUCGACUUUACCAGCGAGACCUACAGGAAUUUCUGGGAGCUUCGUAUCACCGCAGACAAAUGGUGUUCGGAAAAGCUUGCAAACGAUGUUUCCGACAUCAUCUUAGCUCUUAGAGGAUCACACAUCCCCUUCGAACACCGAGAGGCAUGGAAACUUUCUGGUGAUGACACUUCUGCCAUUUGGCGACUCUCGCUACCAAAUUCGUCCAUUAGAAAACUCUGCAUCCAAUGCUUAGCCUGGGAAUUUCGCGAAGAUUUGGAUGAUCCAAGGGAUGGUACGGUGAUUGGGCCCCUUAUUGUCAACAGACUGCGUGAUAUUGUCGACAUGCCUGAUUACAUCGCCAAGGAUAUCCAAGCCGAUUUCGACCCUAGCAAACCCUGCGAUUUCCAAUACAAAUACAAUACCUCUUGGCAUGAGAAAAGAGUUCGGGACCGUUGUGACUUUCACGAUCAUCGUGAUGGGCAAAGGAAAUAUGGAGAGGUAAAAUAUAGCGUUGAUACCGUUGAUGUAUUGGAUAUGGCUGGAUUUCUCAUCAGAAAGCCCAGAGUUAACCAGGCUUGGAAUGAUGGGGGAAAGAAGUCAUUAAUAGCAUUUUCGACCAUGGAAUUUUUCGACCGUUUCUUAUCACAAUAG